AUGUUAGCUCAACCAAAAUUACUUUCAUGGUCAUCAGCUAAAGCACGUAUUCUUAAUCAAUUACAUUGUACUGCAACAAUUCAUGAAGAAUCUCUACAUCUUUCACGUAGAACUUCUACUUUAGCAUCAAAAGUUCCUCAAUUUCCGUUAUUUUCAAGUCGACCUUUAACUAAAUUUAAAUUUGAUACUCAUCUUCAAGCAUUUACAUACUAUCGAUCAAUUGAUGACGAUGACAAUUCGGAUGAUGUAGAAGAUAUGAUUAUUACAUCAUUAUUUUAUGAUGAUCCAAAAGAUCCACGUUCAGCAAUUGUUGUUUAUUUUACUUCAUUAAAUACAGGAAUUAUUCGACGAUAUUUAAAAUAUGAUUUUCAAUUUCCAUCAUUUCAAUUAUUAAAAUAUAUAUCAAAACUUAAACUUAUUGUUGGUUAUUCAAAUAAUCGAUUAUAUUUACUUUCAAAUAAAAAUGGUCAAUUAAAAUAUUUAACAAGUAUUAAAUGUCCAGGUGUUGCUCGAAGAAUAAUUUAUGAUAAAACUUCACGUGAUAUCAUAUAUGUUGGUGGUGAUAAUGGUUUCUUUGUUCGUUGGUAUCUUGUUCAAGAAAUAGGUGGAUAUGAUUUACGACUUGGUGAUAGAUUAAAAUCGGUAUUUAUUAAUCGAAAACAUAAUAUUAUUGAUAUGAAACUUGAUCCAAUAACACAUAAAUUAUUUAUUGUUGGUCAUAAAGGUUGUUUAAUAUUUGAUACACUUUUAAAUCGAGAAUCAGCAAGUGUUCUUUCUGCUCAUGGUGCACCAGUUACAUGUGCAAUUAUUUAUGGUUUUUCUAUCAUAAUGGGAUUUUCUGAUGGUGUAAUGAAGAUAUUUGAAAUUGGAAGUGAAUCAAUUCCUAUUCGAUAUCAAUUACAAGUACAUAAAGCUGCUAUGAUGAGUUUAUUAAUUACUGCUGAUGGUGUAAUAGUUACUGGUGCUGAAGAUGGAACUGUAUGUUUUUAUUCUCUUGAUUCAUUACUUAAACUUGGUGAACAUCGUUUUAAUGAACCUAUUGAACGAAUGAUGCUUGUACGUGGUGAAGAUUUACUUAUUAAAUUUAAACAUGAAUUACAAUUAUUAGUUUAUACAUUACCAAUUCGAUCAUUUUCUCAUGCAUUACAAGCUAAUGAACAAGUACGUGUUACAUUUCCAGUUGGUAGUAUUCCAGCACGUGUUGCUAUACGAGGUCCACAAAAUCUUUUUACACUUUAUAAUCCACGUUCAUCACAAAUCAUUAAUAUUAUUCCAUUAUCACCUGAUAGAAUUAUUGUUAAUGAUUUUGUAUUUGAUACAGCUGGAGAAAUUCUUUAUAUUUUAACAAGUAAAGCAGUAUGUAGUUACUAUUGUGCAAGUUAUCCAUCGUAUUUAAUAAAUAUAUUUGAAGUUAAAGAUGAAUGUCUUUUUACUAAACUUUGUUGUUUUAUGUGGUUUUCACUUCUUCCUGAAUAUACAAGAAAACGUCGAGCAUUUGGAGUUGUAUUUGUUGGAACAACUAAUGGAAAACUCUAUCUUGUUCCUGGAGAUCAUAAACUUAAAUAUGCAUUAUUACCCGAUACAUCUGAAGCUUUAUAUAGUUAUUAUCAAAUACUUGAUGAUACAGUCACAGUUGAUUGUUUAGAAAUAUUUCAAGCUUAUGAAACAUAUACUACUCGAAGAGGAGCAAGAUAUUUACUUGCUGUUGGAAAUGAUUUUAUUGCAAAAUUUUAUCGUCUAUCAAUAAAUGGUCAUGAUAUAUUUUUACGUCAAUUAGGAUUAGCAAUUCGUCUCGAUGCUCCAUGUAUUGGUGCAGCUAUGGCUGAACAUCGAAUAGCUAUUGCAUGUAAUCAACGUGGUUAUAUUCAAAUGUAUUCAUUAACAAUCAAUGGUCUUGAUGAAAUUUCACCUAAAGAUAUUCUUUAUGAACAUUCACCAAUUAAAUCACUUACUGGUUGUGAUACUUUAGGUUUAUUUGCAACAUUAAAUACUCAAAAUGAAAUUAUGUUAUGGACAAGAAAUAAUGAAGCAAUAAGAAAAAUAAAAUGUGAUUUUCCUUUAAUAUCAAUUGCUAAUCUUAAUGAUCGAGGAGAUAUUUUAUUAAUAUCAAAUAGACGAUUAAAUUUUUUAAUGAUAAGUGAUUUUGCACCUGAACAAGUUUUAUUUGAUUUAAGUAAAAAAACAAUUAAGGAUGAUUCAAUUGAAUUACCAGUACAAAUCAAUAAAAAUUUUGAUCAAAAUAUAGUCGAAUCAGCUAAAACAAUUCAACUCGAUGAAAGAAUUAUUUCAAAAGUUCCAACUGAUCUUGACGAGCCAGAUGUAUUGGGUUUUUUUGAAGCACUCGAACAAGAAAAAGCUCAAGCUGAAAUGGCGAAAAUGUUAGAAAAGAAAAAACAAUGUCCAAUUGCACCUGAUGCUUUAAUUCCUAAUUCAACACUUCGUUCAAUGUUCAAAAUGAAAGAAAUUGAACCAGUUGAAGUAAAAAUGUUUCAAUUAAGAUUGAUUUCACCAACAACAUCAAAUACAAGACAAAAUGAAUUAGAUGAUCGAUUAAAACGAUUUGCUGUAUUAACAAAUUUCGAUGGUAUUCAUUCGACUAUUUUUCAAUCAUUAAAUAAAAUUGAUAUACUUGAUAAUCUAGAGAACAAAACGAAUAAAAAUCUUAAUUGGCAAAACGAUGAUGAUGAAUGGGUAGAAUUAGAAGAUCCUGAAAGUUCAAUUGUUCAACCUUCAUCGAAACCACCUAGUGCAAAAAAACUUAAACAUGUACAUCCAAAAUCGAGUACAAUCAGGCCUCGUCAACAGGAAACAAUUCCAGAAUUAUUUAAAAAAAUGAAAAAUGAAUCAUGGUGGCAACAAACAGAUGAUGAAGCAAAUAAUAGUUUACGUUCAAUGUUACUUUAUUUAAUUGAAAUAAUAAGAGCUAAACAAAAUGAUUCAUAUGAAUCUGCUUGUAAUUAUGUUGUUGAUAUAUUUCGAACGUAUGGUAUUGAACCAUCACUUGUUAAUCAAAUUCUUAAUAUUCUACUAAAUCAUUUAUCUGAAGGUGAAAAUGAUCCAUUAAAUAUCCAUACAGUUCGUACAAUAGCUCAAUUUAUGAUUGAAAGAAAAGAUAUUAUUGUUCCAUUACUUAAUUUUACAUUAAAAUGUCAACCAGAUAAUAUACUUCGACAAGAAACAAUAAAUGCAAUUAAAUUUAUUACAGAUGUUAAUAAUUCAGAUGAUAUUGAUUUAGUUCUUAAUAAUAUGUCAAUUGUUCGAGAUGCUGCUGAAGAUACAUUUUCAUUAAAAACAAUUAUUGAUAGAAUUAAAUAUAAACAGUCACAAACUGCAUCUGAUUUAAUUGAUGAAGAAAAAGAUAGUGAAAAAAUUGAUGAUAAUAUUCUUCAUCCAUUAUUAAAAAAGAUUUCUGACGAACGUUGGUAUCCUCGUGAUAAUAAUCCAAUUACACUUGAUUCAAUUAUUGAUGCUAUACUUGUUAAAUUACCAACAGCAAGUAAAACACUACUUAAAACAUUAACAUCACAUCUUGUUCAAUUACAUCGUGCAAUUGGCUAUUCAAAUGAACAAUUUGAUCAAGUAUCAAAUGGUAUAAUAUCACUUCUAUCACAUACUGAUGCCGAUCAUCGAUUGAUAGCUGCAACAACUUUAGCUGAUUUAGGCAAAGAAACUAAAGCUAUUGAUAUUGCAUUACUUAAUUCAUUUAUAAAUGAUCCACGAAUUUUGGUUCGAACUGAAUGUUGUGAUACAUUAAAAAGAUUAACUUCUGUUAUGUCGGAUACUGUUUUAAAAGAUUGUGCAGAUGAUAUUCCAUAUUUACAAACUUUACCAGAAGAAGAUUUUAGUCUUCAAAAUUAUUUAAGAGAAAAAAAUCGUGCAUUAACACCACCACCAUCAACAGCAGAUGAUCAUCCGUCAGUACCAAUUGAUGGAAAACAAGAAGAUGAAAAACAAGAAGAUGAAGAACAAGAAGAAGAAGAAGAAAAUCUUCUACCAACAAAUGAAGAACAACAAGAAAACCUAUAUAUAAAUAUUGAAGAUUCAACUCAUCAUCCUUCUCCUGAUAUUAACGAACAAAUCGAUGAUAUCAAACCAAUUGUUCGUUCACGUUCAUCAACUCCUCGAAUAGAUGAACAACCAGCUAUUCAUAAAAGUCGUCAUGUUUUACAACAAACACCUAGUCAAUUUAGUGUAACUCCAAGUUUAAAUUCUUCGACAGUAGUACUAACUCCUGUUGAACCACCAAUUCGUGUUGAAAUAAAUGAAAAACCAAGACCUAUUCUUCAAGCUUCACAUCAUGUACCAAAAUCACGAAAAGAAUUACCACAACCAUCUUCACUAUCAUCUUUACAAACACCUCGUCUACGUAAACAACCAACUGUACCUAUUGAAAAACCAAGUCGAACAUCAGUUAAAACAAGUGUUUCCGAUCAAUCAUCUGGAAAACGUCAUCCACUUUUACCAAAUAAUUCAACUAUGUGGGAUUCAUAUGCAAAACAAAAUGAAAUUCUUGAACAAAAUAAAACUCAAAUUCAACCUUCUAUAGAUAGUAAUCAAGAACAAAUAUCUGAUCCAAUUCAAACAAUAAUUAAUGAUCAUAAACGUGAUUUUGGUUAUUAUCGUAUGAUACCAAAUCGUCGUGUAUUAAUUCCACAUAAAAUCUCACUUAUGGAUUUAUUUAGUGAUCAAAUUCAUAUAACUGUUAAUAGAAGAAGUUCAUCACAAUUAACAACAAGUACAAUGCGUUUAUCAGAUUUAAAUCGUAAUAAACGUCAUUUACAUGAAGUUGAAUUUAUGCAAUUAUUAUCAUCACUUAUUAUACGUUCAAUACAAUUACAUAAAAGAAAUGAAAAAUUUAUACCAAAUUCAUUAUUAUUAAAUACACAUUCUGCAAUUAAUUUUACAGAUGCAUUAACAGUUUCACAAAUGCAAUUACAUUCAUUAACAAAUUUACAUCAACCAAGUUUUUCUACAUCAUAUAAAUUACCACCUAUUGAACGACAAAGACCAUCAUCAGCACAAACAGCUAGAAUGAAAUCUGAUACACACGCUAGAGCAACAAAAACAGGUGUUAAUCUUCGUAAAGCUAAAGAUAUGGAAGAUGCACUAUCGAAUUUAUUAAAAUCAAAUCGUGAUCUUCAACGAUCUACAUUGAUUCAUGAACGUAUUACACAUUCUACUGGUACACCGAUUGUAUAUGAUCAACAUGAGAUUACACAUGCAUGGCUUCUCGAACAAUUAUUAAAAUCUCAAGGUACAUCAGAUUCUGAAAAUCAU